GGGGGGCGGACAGCUGAGAAUAGACAGUGUGCUUGUCCUUGAGACAUGACUGCCCGAGGGUUUCCCAUCUAUAUUCCCGGGACAGUCAAAUACUGUAGCGCGUCUUUCGGACAGGAUGUUGGGUGUUUUUGUCAGAUCUGCGCUGCGGCCUGGCGUGGUGAAGCCCUGUCGCCUGGUCAGACUGGUGACACAGAUCCCAGAGAGGUCCCUGGUGCACCAGGAGGGUUUACCGAAGCUGCCUGUGCCGCCCUUGAAGCAGACAUGUGAGCGAUACCUGGCUGCUCUGGAGCCCAUCGUGAGCGAAGAAGAGCUCGAACACACCCGGCAACUGGUGCAGGAGUUCCUCAAGGGUGGUGUCGGGGAGAGGCUGCAGAAAGGCCUGGAGAGACGUGCACGCAAGACAGACAACUGGCUGUCAGAAUGGUGGAUGCAGUCAGCCUAUCUAGACUGUCGUAUGCCGGUGGCGGUCUACACCAGUCCUGCUGUUGUCCUGCCCCGCAUGCACUUCCACGAUCGACAAGGACAGAUGAGGUUUGCUGCCAAACUGAUCGCAGGAGUUUUGGACUUCAAAAAAAUGAUUGACAGUGAGACCCUGCCUGUAGAGUACCUGAGUGGGAAGCCCCUCUGUAUGGACCAGUAUUACCAGAUCCUGUCCUCCUGUCGCAUCCCUGGUCCGAAGAGAGAUACUGUUAUAAAUUACGCCAUCGGGAAAACACCUCCCACUCAUAUCACGGUGGUCCACAACUUCCAGUUCUUUGUCUUGGAUGUGUACAACAGCGAUGGCACCCGGCUGACAGUCGACCAGCUGUACAUGCAGCUGGAGAAGAUCUGGAACUCCUCUUUGCAGACUAACAAGGAGCCUAUUGGCAUCCUUACAUCACAGCACCGCAACACCUGGGGAAAAGCCUACAACAACCUGAUAAAGGACAAGACAAACAAGGAGUCGGUCCGAGCCAUCCAGAAAAGUAUCUUCACCGUUUGUUUGGAUGCUCCGAUGCCUCGCGUGUCCGAUGAGCUGUAUCAGAGCCGUGUGGCUGCUCAGAUGCUGCACGGGGGAGGAGCUCGCUGGAACAGCGGCAACCGCUGGUUUGACAAGACGCUGCAGUUCAUCGUUGGUGAAGACGGCACGUGUGGACUGGUGUACGAACAUGCCCCCGCUGAGGGUCCGCCCACCGUGUUUCUCAUCGACUACGUCGUGAAAUACAUGCAGAGAACAGAAACGGUUCGCACUCCCAUGGUUCCCCUGGCCAUGCCCCAGAAGCUGCGUUUUAACAUUACACCAGAGGUCAAGAGAGACAUUGAGAAAGCCAAGCAAAAUAUGAACAUAAUGGUGCACGAUUUAGAUGUGAAGGUGCUUCUGUUUUCUCAUUUUGGUAAAAAUGUACCGAAGCAGCAUAAGAUGAGUCCAGAUGCCUUUGUGCAGAUGGCUCUGCAGCUUGCCUACUUCAGGAUGUAUAAUAUGUGCUGCUCCACCUAUGAGAGCGCAUCGUUACGAAUGUUCAAAUACGGACGAACAGAUGCGAUCCGCGUGACUACCGUAGACUCGUUUAAGUUCGUGCAGGCGAUGCAAGACCCUGCUAAACAGAACGCAGAGAGGCUGGCGCUGCUGCAGAAGACCAUUCAGACACAUAAGGAGAACACGUACAACGCAAUCCAUGGACAAGGCAUAGACAGACACUUCCUCGGGCUGAAGCUGCUGAGUAUUGAAGACCUGACCUCCAUGCCUGAGAUAUUCAUGGACACCUCUUUUGCUGUGGCUCAGCAUUACAACCUGUCCACCAGCCAGGUUGGCUCCAAGACAGACUGCGUGAUGUGCUUUGGUCCGAUGGUGCCAGAUGGCUACGGCGUGUGUUACAAUCCCAUGGAUGAGCACAUCAACAUCGCCAUCACAGCCUUCAACAGCUGUGAGGAGACGAACGCUGCCAAGUUUGCCCAGGCCGUGGAGGAUGCUCUGUUGGACAUGAGAGCUCUCCUGGAAGACGCGGCCGCAGCCAAGCAGUGAUCCCACACAGGAGCCUGGCAUGGCGCUCGCGUCCCACCGGGCUGGACGGGAGCUGGAACUGAAGCGGUGCUGGUGUCGCUGGCAGAAUGCCACGCCGACACAGACGCACGAUGUACUGAGUGUGCUGGAAGUGAGGGGAGGCCGGCUAUCAAAGGGUUGUGGGAAGUAGAAUGUCAGUAUGCUGCCUUUUGGAUGAGGUAAAAUUCUCUGUGAUGGAUUUCUAUAUUUUAAUAUAUCGUGUUACAUAUAAACUUGAAAUGAACAGAAUUAUAGUAUAAAUAUUUUUUUUCUUUGUUUACACUUGGCCUGUUGCAGUCUUCAGAGUGAUACUGUCCUCACCUGACUUAAAGAUUUUAAAUGCUUCAACUGGUUUAUUAUUUUUUU